CGAGCCGCCACCCGUUUGAGUUCCUCCUAGGGUUUCGGCGACCUCUUCUUCCCUAUUUCGGAUACCUGAUCGCCAAAUCGGGCUUCUUCCACUGCUAGAUUUCCCCAAUUCUGAUCUCCCGUCACCGGAAACGGCGUUCAAUUGGCGAAUCUGUUGUCGAAUCCCUUUUUCUCUCACUUUACGGGGGUUUUUCGACUCUGGUGGUCGAAAGUUGCAAUCUUGAUCUCUGUCUCCUUGCGAUUUGGCUCGCAUGCACGAUGGAUUACGGCGGUGGAGCUGCGUAUCCUGAAAGCAACGCCAUCGCCAUCAUUCCAGACGCAUCCGGCCCUCCCAGCCGCGAUUCCUGGCCGCCGCCGGCGAGCGACCAGCUCGUGUGGGCGACGGACGAGGACUACCGUGCUUGGGGUGGCGACCUGUUGGGCGACAACGGCUUCAACUCUGCCUACGAUGGCCGCCAGUCCCGGUCUCGAGCUGGCAGCGAACAGCCUCCUGGCAAGCGGCCUCGGAUCGGAGAUUCGCAGGGUGGCAAUAGGAAUGCCAGCUCCAAAACCAUUGGGAAGAUGUUCUUCAAGACCAAGCUUUGCUGUAAGUUCCGGGCAGGGACCUGCCCCUACAUCACAAACUGUAAUUUUGCUCAUGGGAUCGAGGAGCUCCGGAAGCCACCUCCCAACUGGCAGGAAAUUGUGGCAGCUCAUGAGGAGGGUUCAGAGCCACCAUUCCCGAUAGAGGAACGCCACAAUUCCACCAUCGGUUCGUCAAUCGCAACAGGGGAGUCAGAGAGAUCGUAUAAGGGAAGACGAUGCAAGAAGUUCUACACAGAAGAGGGGUGCCCUUAUGGGGAUAGUUGCUCAUUCAUGCAUGAUGAGCAAUCUAAGUCUCGCGAGAGCGUUGCUAUUAGUCUGUCACCAGCAGUUGGAGGUGGCAGCGGAUGCGGGGGUGGAGCGGCUGUGGUGGCUCAAAAGCCGUCGAAUUGGAAGACGAGAAUCUGCAACAAGUGGGAGAUGACAGGAUACUGCCCAUUUGGCACUAAGUGCCAUUUUGCUCAUGGCGCUGAAGAAUUGCAUCGAUAUGGUGGGGGGAUUGUGGAUCCCGAAGGUAGAGAUGUCUUACCUGCUCCAGACACACAGCAAGCUGGGUCGUUAGCUAAGGCUACGGCGGAUGCUUCCCUAGGUUCGAAUGUUUUGGUUCCCCUCGCAGACACACAUCACAUUGGCGUGCCUUCGCAGAGAUUCUCUAGUGUUGUACAGAGACAGGGACAGAGGUCUAUGGAGAAAUGGAAAGGCCCGAACAAGAUUAGUAAGAUUUACGGAGAUUGGAUCGAUGACUUCGAAUAGAACCGCGAUCAUAAUUACAGGUCAACUAUUUUUUUCCCCCUAAUUUACUUGUGAUGCCGAAUAAGUUGGCAUGGUUUUAUGUUUGCAAUAAUCUACUCUUGAGCUUUCAUUUACUGAAACUCCUUCGCUCUAAUAAAAAUACUAGAGCAAUGUUUUUAACAGCAGUGCUCAUCUUCGUCUGUUAUCGAGCAGGUUCUGUAAGUCUCUUGUUUUCAUGGACGAUGUGUUGCGAGUGUUUGAGUUUGUUAUGGUUAAGCGUCUGAUGCUGCUUCUUUAGCCUUUAAA